GCCCAACACUCCCCUAAGUCACUAUUUAGCAAGGAGAGGAAAGGCGGGACUCGGCCGUGGAAGUGCCGUCAAUACAAACCUGCCCAACAACAAUUGGCAACGAUGCGGUUUCCGGUGAUUUUUUUAAAUAAGGAAGACAGAACAGAUAACUAUGUCGCUGGCCCAUGUAAACAGAAAAAAAGAAAAUACCAAAAGUGUAUGUGUGCACAGUCCACAUGAGAUGAAUAGGUCUGACAAACAAAUAUCAAACCUUAUGCAAAUUAAGCUUACUCUUGAGCCAUGUUCAAACCUGAACGAAUGUAUAUUGUAUUAUAGUUGUGAAUACUUCGAUGUGUGAGCGUCACAUUGGAUAUAUGGAUAAGUUUAUGUUCAUUUUCUAACGAACAGUUGAUCGAUCAGUGCGCCUCAUUCAUGUUGGAAAUGCUUUCAGGCCUUUUAUUGUGAAAACUCUGCCUCAUUGUUUCCGUCGGCUCUCCGUCUCAGCUAAGUUUACUUGACGCAGCGGAGAACCCCACGGAGGCAGAGCGGAUCAAUUUGGAGCCGCGGAGGUUGAUCGGGAUUGUACAGCGACGCCGAUCACUGUAACGGACAAGCAUGAAGUCACAGCAGCCGAUGAUGAAACCCUGCUGCGUUCACGGUCGUGUCACCUUCAAGGUCUGAGCUUCUCCUCAGAUGGCUUAACACAGUGUGGUCAAGCCUCCAGUGUUUAACCCAGACCAGCGGCCUUGUUGGCUGCCCCACCUGAAGGUGGAUGAAUGAAGACCCCAUUCAAGAGCCCAGCGGCCCCACGGCCCAGAGCAGACGGAGGACAUUCGGGUGUUUCUGCAAACAUGAUGAAAAAAAAGAACUCACACAAGAAGCAGAGGACAAGUGUUGGUCCCAGUAAGACUCUGGCUCAGCCCAGGAGAAACAUUGUGGGCUGCAGGAUCCAGCACAUCUGGAAAGAAGGCACUAAGUCGUCUCAGUGGAAGGGGACGGUCCUGGACCAGGUUCCUGUGAACCCCUCGCUCUAUCUAAUCAAAUAUGACGGCUUCGACUGCAUCUACGGCCUGGAGCUGUACAACGACGAGCGGGUGGUGGGGCUGGAGGUGCUGCCCGACAGAGUGGCUGCGACCCGGGUGAGUGACUCGCUGCUGGCGGACACGAUUAUUGGUAAGGCGGUAGAACACAUGUUUGAGACCGAAGAUGGGCCCAAGGAGGAGUGGAGGGGAAUGGUUCUGGCCCGAGCUCCCAUCAUGACUACCUGGUUCUACAUCACCUAUGAGAAGGACCCGGUUCUCUACAUGUACCAGCUUCUAGACGACUACAAGGAAGGAGACCUUCGCAUAAUGCCUGACUCCAAUGACAAUGUGGCAGCGGAGCGUGAGCCUGGCGAGGUGGUCGACAGUCUGGUGGGCAAACAGGUGGAGUACGCCAAAGAGGACGGUGGGAAGCGGUCGGGCAUGGUGAUCCACCAGGUGGAGGCCAAGCCCUCCGUGUACUUCAUCAAGUUUGAUGACGACUUCCACAUCUACGUCUACGACCUGGUAAAGACCUCCUAAGACCACAAUGGUCCUCCCUGGAAAGACUAACCGCGACCUGCAUCGAUUCACUCAGAACCCAUCAGAACCCCCACUGAAAAUGAACGUUCGGUUUAAAUCAUCCUGGGACUCAACGCAUCUGUGGAGGCAGAUGAUGAGAGAAACGCCUUAAAGACGGACAACUACAAACCAGCUUUACUGAGGUGCUCCUGACUUCAUCAUCCAUCUGUGCCACAUUUCCUCCAGAACCAGUGCAAAGCCUCACACAACAGCAAGUGAACCCAAAAACCGAGCGUCUAAAAUUCUACCAUUCACAUCAUUCCGUGUGAGGACGCGAUCCUGAAACCCCUGCAGACAGAAAGCAGCUGUUACCUGAGGAUGGGGGCGGAGCCUAAGGGGUUUAAUGAAGGGUGGGAACGUUGGGGAGAACCUGGACCAGCACUGGCCCAAGUAGUGGAACCACCACCUGCUCUCUGCUGUGCAUUCAUAGAAGCUGUGAUUGGGCAGUAGAGACGUCUGUUAACUGGCCCCGCCCUCCGCGCCACAGGUCAGCGAUUGAGAAGCCGAAGGACACGGACUCGCUUUUUUUUCCUAUUGUUUUGUUACUUGUUAUUGCUGAUUCUUCUGUUUUCCAUAAUCGUCUGUGUUGUAGAGACGUUUGUAGGGAAACCUUCACGUUGUCAUUGUUUAACUGGCAUUGGCUGAACUGCAUCCCGCUGGCUGGCUCUUCCUGUUUUUAGCUUCUCACACUUUCAACAGUUUGACUGAUGUGGGUUUUUAAAGGUUUUAGUUCAGCUCAUGCUUUUACACAAUUUCCACCUUUUCAUAUUUAUGCCAAGAAGAUUUCAGAUAAGUAUUGAGUCGUCCUUAACGGCCAGUUGAACUAAUGUAGAUGUUACUUGAAUGAAGUCUGGAAACUUCCCACAAAUCCUUUCCACCAUAUUUGUGUCCUGCACCGAUGUGACGUUGUAAUAAGUGAUGCGUGAGUAACACGUGAACAAGGUUUAACUCCACAAAGCUCAGAUCUGAGAACAGUUACCACAGGAUGAUUACAUUGUAGGUUCAUUCCUCUAAAAAACAUCACUGAUUUGAACCUACAUCACAGUUCAGACAUGUAGGCCAUGUUGAUAUGCAGAAUGAAGACGUCUCCUCAUUACGGUCGGUGACAGUCAUUAGGAGACGUCUUCAUUCUCAGAUACACGAGUCUCAAACGUUCCUGAUUAUCCCUUCAACAAUUAGAUUCAGUGUCUCUACCGGUCUGGAUUGGGCGCCGCUGGUCUGGACUGGCUGCAUCAGCUGGAAGUUGAGUUGUAGUUGCUGUGUCUGUUGUGGCUCUUUACAGUGAUUGUGUUUCUUAUGGACGAGCUGUAUCGCCAUCGUCUCUGUGUUUGAUACGGACGUUUCUUUGUAUAUUAUCUGUUCUGUAUAAGCAGCCGGACGCUUGUGGCUUCAUCCGGCUUAAAGCUCAAACUUCCUCCAGAGGCACCGACACUGGUCGUUUUGUUUGUAAUGACUCCACCUGCUGAAGCGGUGCCACCAGCCGAGCUGCCGGCUCCACGUCUUCUGUGCCUGAGGGAACGCGGCUCAGCCUGGAAUUAGGGGAUUUGUUAUUCUGGAUCCUUGUACAGUUCACGUAAAACUUUAAUAUUCUGUUAACUUUGAUGGACUGGACCUGGUUCAUUUAUUUCUAUACUCUAUGACAUGUUCAGAAUAUUAGGAACCUCAGAUCUGUACAUGAACAACCCCUCUGAAAUAUAAAGGAGCUUAAUGAAGACGGGUCGUUGGUCCGGUUUGCUGGAUCGGAUCCAGUGCUUUCAGUGUUUGUGUAGAUUCUGGAGUUCUGAACAUUUGGGAAGAAACCAACAAUAUUUUCUCAUCUGUUCUACAACCUGUCGUCUGAGUCUUUGGAAGGUGGCCUGUUCUGUGGGAAGAUGCCAUUCAUCUGUUCCUUUUCAUCAUAGAAUCCAGAACCAAUGUCUAGCUUCUUCUUGUUUCGCAGUCUAAUUAGAAUCUUCCAAAUUGUGGAUCGGACAGAAGAUUUAAUGGUCGUACCUCGAGUUAUAAUUAAUACCAUGUCAAUGAAAGGCAGUUUUCAUUUACAGGUAACUUUGGGCGAGUUCGGGCCUUAGUGUUCUGACAGGUUCUGUUAAGAACUGGUCAGAAUUGAACUGGUCCAUUGACUGUGGGUGCUGUUAAACAGCUGUUUAAGUUCCAGUGUCCCGGCUGCUGAGCUAAGAGAUGAAACGCAAACCUUGUGUAGUUGGACCUUUGGAUCCUCAGCCUGUCAUGGAGACCCGGACCGGAACCGAGCCGCUGUGUGUUUCUGUGGAGCAGCCCGUUCAGAGCAGUGUUGUUUUUGCAUGCCUCUAUAGCUCAGUGUACAUCGGUGUGAGUUGCAUGUGUGUGGAGUUUUGAGUUGUUGAUCUCUUGUAGCUUUUGGUGCUUUUUGUUUCUUUCUUUUGCUCUGUUUGUCUCAGACACUGAAAGGAUCCCCACAAACAGAACUGACCUUUACAGAUGAAGCUGUGAUGGCAGUGUGAGUUCUGUUUCUGGUUAGAUCAUGCCCUUAAAUAGUGCCAACUGCGGAUGCCAGUGUUGUACAGCCAUGAGAAGCUCCCACUAUUUACUAUAAUAAAACUUUUGUGUUUUUCACCGA